CAAACUCAGAAUCAGCUGCUCAAUCAAGUCAGAUUAGGUUAUAAUACAGCACGCGUGCAUCGUUUUCAGAUCGAAAGUUUACUUUGAAUUAAUUCAGACUUUAACUGAUAAUGCUAGCGAGGCAACUGGCAUUCACACGCGGUAAACAACUGUGCAAGUAUUCACGCUUCCCGGAUGACGUACUCGCUCAGGUAGCACGUAGUUACAGCGUGGAGCAUGAGAAACGACUGCACGAAUGGCGAGAGAAUGAGUUGAAUUCGGUGAUACCCCGACCCGAAGAUGACCCGGAGAAGCCCAAGAAGUUCUUCUGGUUUCCCACGGGCGCUCUCAAAGAAACCGACUUCUCCUUCGGUAAUAUCUCAAAGUGGUUCAAGCACAAUAAGGCUGAAUAUGUCAAAUUCAAUCAGUCGUUCAAUCCGAUGAGGCACGAGAUAUUAGGCGCCGAUCUAGCCACCGCUCAUUUCCUCGUCCAUCGCGGCGGCCUGGUCAGAUUCAAGGGCAACACUUGCUGGAUGGAACGGAACAAGGAGGGCUUAUACGAAUUACCCUGCAGUUACGAUCCAAGCUACAUCCUUGAGGCGGUGGACGUCAAUGGGUUUGAUCUGCAUUACGAAGGCCUAAGUAACUUAUGCGGCCUCAGGAAGCUCAAGUGGCUCAGUCUCAAGGACUGUAAAAACAUCGACGAUUGGGGCUUGGACAAGAUCUCGGCUGAGUUCCCUGAACUGGAAUAUCUGGACAUCUCCGGCUGCAAGAAGAUCACUGAAAGAGGCCUGGAAUCUCUGUACAGAAUGAUGAAUUUGAAGGAACUGAUUGUAACGAAUUGUAAUAAGUCUGUCGCUUUUGAACUAGCUUGCUUCAUGUUGGAGGAUUGCACACCAGGAUUGACUUGUGAAAUUCUUAUGGGAAAAAAUCAAGAUUAAUGCCGAAUAAAAGAUUUGAAUCAUAAUAUAGCUUGUAACUGUAAGAAAAGAUCUUUAUCUUUAUUUAUACAGUAUUUAAUUAUUUUUUGCAUAAUCUUAAGGAGCUAUAAAUUAUAGCGAAUUCAGUCUCAUGGAUUACACUAAAUUGUUGCAUACUAAAAGCUGCUGUACAUGAAAUUAUAGCAAAGUUAGAUAUAAAGAUUUAUAAAUAUUUUGGACAAUUAAAUAUCGUCACAUUAUUUAGUGAAAUUUACAUGUAUCAUUUCAUUGUUAAAACUGAUUAGAUUAUAC